AUGCCUCCCAAGAAGAAGGGUCGAGGUGGUGCACAAACCGCCGCAUCUUCCACGCCCACGCCCGCCCGAAACGAAGAUGCAAUGGACAUCGAUUCGCCUCCAAAAGACGAGGCGGGGUCCUCAAAGAAAGUACCGGACAUUGACCCAAUUGCUCAGGAAUACAAUGACAGCUGGACGGACGACCAGGUCGCAUCGCUAUUCAAGGCCGUCAUACGCUGGAAGCCGGCAGGCAUGCACAAGCACUUCCGCAUGAUUGCCAUCUCCGAGCACCUGCGGAACCACGGCUUCGAUCCCGACCAGUACAAGCAUACCCGGAUCCCCUACAUAUGGCAGAAGCUUCGAACAUACUACAACCUGGAGAUCAUUGACGAGCGGGAGAACUUCGAUGACGAUGAGCCCGAGGAUAGAUAUGUCGAGUUCUCGCUGCCACGCGCCGACUACUUCGACCUCAUGAUGCUACGUGCCCGAGCAGACCCCAGCGAAACGCCAUCGUCGCCGCCGGAACUUGACCUCGAGGGUGCUGGUCCUUCGUCUUCACCCCCACCGAAGAAGAGACCGCGCAGAGAAGCUCCGUCACGGACCAGAGGGGCUUCCCGAGAGGACACGGAAGAAGCCACAGAUGCCCCCUCGCCGGCUGGGCGCUCUACGAGGGGCUCGAGGGGUCGCACAAGGGCAGCUAGCCAAGCCAAAACUGAGAAGGCUGAGAAGGCUGAGAAGGCUGAGAAGGCUGAGAAGGCUGAGAAGGCUGAGAAGGCUGAAAAGGCUGAAAAGGCUGAAAAGGCUGAAAAGGUUGAAAAGGCCGACAAGGCCGAGACUACUGAGGAAGAAGAGGAAGAGGAAGAGGAUGGGGAGGAGGAAGGCGAGGAUGACGAUGACGAGAGCGACUCGGGUGGCGAGGACGAGAGUGAAGAAGAGAAGAGCUCGACCACAAAACCACCGAAAUCUGGAAGGGGAGGAACAAGGGGCCGAGCUCGAACUAGAGGAAGAACGAGGAGAGUUGGGAGGUAA